UGAACGGCGAAGAAAAGAUGUUGUGAUACAAUCACAACCCUAAAAAUCCAACCAGCUGUGAAAAUUAACUGCAAGGUAAGUCCCAUUCAAUUUGGAUAUGAAUCGCAUCUCCUUGACAACAGUCCUUCUAUUGUAAUAGUUUCUAUUACGGAAGGAACUAAAUGUGCUACUGGUUCCAAAAUGUAGACAUCAGAAAUGUCAGAAAUUGAAAUUGCUCUUCUUACGAAAACGAUAGAACAUUAAAAACACUUCCUUGAAUAUAUAUAAACUGUCGUAUACCCAAAAUUGUGAAAAGAUUUGGCUGUUAAGUUCGCUAUGAAGAGAGUUCCGUGCAUGCGAUCGUACGUUUGCGUAAUGUCACGCAACCAAGAAGUCGGUAAUUUUCGUGACCAGAGGCUUUAUGUCUGUAGCAUGGUUUUCUUGAUUACUGUAUUUAAUUUGAGCCUCAUGUUCGACAAUUUAUUGAAAAUAAAUAUCGUGAGUGUAAUCUAGUGACUUGUUUAAUCAACCGUGAAAUAUACAGUGAAAUCUGGCGAUUACUUCUCUCCAUGCGCUAGAGUUUAGUGUAAUUGACAUCGCGUAAUUGACAUCGCGUAAUAGACAUCGCGUAAUGGACAAUGCGUUAUGAACAUCGCGUAUUGAUCUCGAGCUUUAGAAAUAUCAGUUUUAAAUCGCCAUGAAAAACUUAUUAAUAAAGUCUUUUCAGUCUUAUUUACUUCUGUUAAGUCAUAGCUGUGUAUCUGAAAAGAGAGAAGAUUGCUUUGUACGACACUACCAACAAUGUUUUUAUAGUAAUGGUGUAAACGAUAAACGAAUACUAAAGACCGGAAAUUCCGUCAAAAGGAAGGGAGAUAAAUUUAGUAAUAGUAUACUUUAUUCACAAAGGGAAACGCGAAGCAACUGGUGGAUGAUUCAUGCUAGCCAGUGUGUAUCAUUAAGCGCUGGCACAAGUCGACUUAAAAGGCACACGCGUGACCCAACAGUGGUGGAUCGAAAACGAGAAUCAGCAAAAUUUCCAAUAGCAAUUUUAGUCGAGUGUUUAAGUGCCAGUUUCGCAUUCGUAUGAAAAAAAAAUAAAGAGACGUUACGACCCAGCGCAAAAAUUCUGACAUAAAAAAUAGUCAGUCCAAAAACCGCUCAAAAUAAAUUGUAUGAUCCACUAAAAACUCCAUUAAUCAGUAGCAAUUACUAAUACAACCACCUCCCACCCCUCCCUGCGUACUAAUAGCUUGCCUCCCACCCCUUCCUGAGUAGUGACAGACUGCAUCCCACCCCUCUCUAAGUCCUAAUGGUCUAUCUCCCUGCCCCAAUAAAAUGGUCCAAAAAAUGGUCCAAAAAAUAGUCCAAAAAUAGUUUUAAAAAUAGUCCAAGGGUCCAAUGGUCCAUUCCUUUUUUUUAUCAUAUGCCGUGCUUAAGCACUAAAUAUUAUCAUGACAUAUUUAAGUGAUUAAACACAUACAUUGCCUCUUUGUUAUGUUCAAUGAAUAAGGACGAACCAGCGUUGAUAAUCGGCUCAAAACUGAACCCUUUCUGAUGCGACGAUGAGUAGGUACGAAUGGGUCGCUUAAAGAGCGAUACUAAACUAAAUAUAUAUACGUCCAUAUUUCUGCCGGAGUUUCCGUAAUCUUGCUUUUCCUGACAAGAUCCCUCAUGGAGUUCGAGAAAAUAAGUGGUAGCUCAAAAACCUUUUGAUUUUUCUCGUCAAAUUAUCACUUGGCCUCGGGAUUUCCUUUUGUUUUUCAUCGCUUAUUUCAUCUUUCCAAAGAGCAACAGCGACAACCUCUCUCCUUUGAGGAGGUACAUUUUCGGACAUCGUAAUGUUUAUUUGAAACGUUAACAAAUAUGAGAACAGGCUGUACAUACAAAAAUACAACUGAAAAGUUAUAUCCGUGCUAUUUAAGGCUAAUUUUGUAAUACGUCGAGACCAUCACAGGAUAAUGAUUUCACAAUUAUAUUACAGACCUAACGCAAGGAGAGAAGUGAAUCGGUAUAUUUUAUAACAUAUUUCGUGGUAAUGUUAACAAAAACUUACUCUCCCGCGCAUCAAUAUCAUCUAAAUCCAUUUAUGAUAAAACUACGGCGAAAAAGCGUUAAUCUCUCUCCAAGAUCGUUUUUUGGACUUCGAAACAACCUUUCUCCAUAAAUUUCUUUUGAACAACUUGCAAUGUUUGCCCUGAGGAAAUCCUAGAAAUCUUUGCGCAAACAUAUGAAUCCGAUUCCGUGCUAUGUCACCAUUUCCGAUGUGGAUGACGACUUUCGACUGCCCGCUGGUGAUCGUAUUCGGGCAAUUCAUCAAAAAGUGCUGCAAAUCUCAGUUCUACUGCAAAAGGUGUUUUCUUGAGUGCGAUCGCACGUUCUAGGUUGCACUUCUUUUCUAGCUCUCAUGUUCGCAUGACUUGGUUUGAUUUCAGAUGCUCGGGUUAUUGUUUUUAGCGGGGCGUAACGUACUGUUUGAAUGCUCUGUCUGAGUCUGAUUCUGUUCAUUGUUUUGUUCAAGAUUGGUUGUUGACAUCCUAUUUACUGUCGUGUAUAACAAGUGAAAUUUUCGGGCUCGUUAAUUGCUGUUCACAGGAAGCUUAAGCCUGGGUGAAAACUGCUUGAAAACCUUACAGAUGGCAAGAAAAUCCAUGGACACUUUCCAUAGAACGGGGCAUCACUAUUAUUCAUUCAAACUCCCUCUAAAGCCACGAACUUCUCAACUUCGAAAAAAUAAAUUAUUGAGAACUAACAUAAUUAUUAGACCGUUCGUUUCCGCGGUAAUAUAAUCCGCAAGCUGUUAUGAAGUGUUUGGCUAUAGUAAAUUAUGAUUUGGUGAUUUGUUUAUAUCCAGCAUUUAGUUAAGAUUUUAAUUCUAAGUCCAGAGUUGUUUGGGUUUUAGCCAUCACGAUGAGAUUCCUGAUUUUGACUGUCUUGUUAGUUUGUCUUUUGACUCCGCCUUAGACCCACAGUAAACUUCUUUGUUUUGGCUUUCGAAGUCGAAGACUGAUUGUUUGAUCAGAGGCAUAAGGUACUUUGUUGUUCCUUUUCGAGAUUCUGAUGAAAGUGUUCGGGCUAUUGCUUUGACAACAAAUGUUUAAUCUUCCAUAGUCAGUUCAAUUGUGAUUCACAGCCGUAGUCAGUCGAUCACAUUUAGAGAAUCAGAGUUGAAAAGUCGAUCAAAAUUAGAGAAUCAGAGUCGAUCAGUCGAUCAGUUAAUCAGAAUAGGAGGCAGACUUAGUCCGAGAGCAGGCAGAACCCAUUUUUAGCAGAAAUGAAGCUGAGGGCGUUAAGUAAAGAAGACUAAAAGUUACUCGCGGGCGGAGAAACGUUCGUGUAGCGGUGAUUUUAGUGAAGGUCUACUUGCAAGCUAUGGUGCCUUCCACUAAGCGUGAUACGCUCUGCAGCUAGUUUCCCCUUAACCGCACAGUUACAAAGCUAUCACAGGGUUACAGAACCACGCAUGCUCAGACUUCUAAUAAGCUAAAUAAUUAAUUAAAUAUAUCUUCCUGCUUUCAGCAUCAAUGGAGAAUUUCGCUGCUGCGCCCUUGAAUUCCUCUUAUCAGUCCUCAGACGAGGAAAAAGCGAACCCCGUAGAAGGCUAUGAUGACUUGACCUUUGGAGUAUUUGUCGCAACUUAUGUGACAGAAGAGACGCCGCUAAUCGCCGCAUCGCCAAAAGAACGCGGCGCUUCUGUGUGGAAGGCAACCUUAAACAUUAUCAACUUUAUCGAAGGAGUUGGCUUUUUAGCACUUCCAUUCGCUAUCGCCAAAGGUGGCAUUGCAGGGAUCGCCGCGUUUAUUAUCAUGCCCUUUAUCUAUUGGUUCACUGCGAAAAUACUGAUCGAAUGUCUUUACAAGAAAGACAAUCUCCAUAGACGCAUGCGCGUGCGUUCUUCUUGGAAUGAAAUCGGAAAAGAAAUGUGGCCGAGAUUUGGUGGGACUAUGAUAGUUGCUAUUCAAUGUUUUGAUUUAACUGUCAUCGCAACAUCCUACCUAAUCGUUUGCGGCUCUCUGAUGGCAUCGGCUUUCCCUUCAUUGCCCUUGACCGUUGUCAACUGGACGUGCAUUGCAGCCGUUGUGGUUCUUCCGUCGACAUUUCUUAAGUCUCUCUCGCAGAUUGCUUGGCUCAGCGUCAUUGGAAUCGCAGCUUUACUUGGAACUGCAGCGGUCAUUUUUUGGUAUGGGGUUACGCAUCGUUCCCAGUGGAACCCCAAAGAGCUCUUGUUCUGGGACACGCAAGGGUUCCUCAUCUCACUGGGGAUAAUUAUGUUCAGCUACGGUUCAGCCCCCAUUGUACCUUCCGUGGAGAAAAGUAUGGCCGAUAAAUCGAAGUUUGGACGAGCUUUGGGACUUGCCUACGUAGCUGCAGUGUUCUUUAAAUUGAGCUUCUCCAUUUUUGGUUUUCUGUCGUUCUCUUUUGCCACAGAUGAAAUUAUAACGAACAAUUUACCUCACAAUCUACCCCACGUGAUAGUCAGUGUGGUGUUUGUGUUAAGUUGUUUAUUUUCUUACGCCUUGCCUCUCCAGUCUGUUUUUCAAUACAUUGAGGACUCUGACACUUAUGGUCGACUGCAAAGGAAGGUACAGAUACCCCGAAUAGUUUAUACGGUGGGAAUUCGAGUUGUACUUGUUUCCAUAACCCUCACAGCGGCUGCCUUUAUUCCCCAUUUUGGUUUGUUAUCAUCGUUUUUCGGCAAUUUAUCUCUUCCUUUAUUCAAUUGCAUUCUUCCUUGCGUGGCUCAUCUGAUUCUUAGGAAAGAGGAUUUAAAACGGUGGGAAGUCGUUCUGGAUUAUGUCUUGAUCGUUUUUGGUGCAUUGGUGACGAUAUUUGGAACUUUUGUCUCCAGUAAAGCUUUGAUUGAAACACUACAUAAAUAA